AGUAGACACAGACUUCAGAGCUUGAGAAAUUGUUGUUGACUCCGCGGACAACAGUUGAGAUGCGCAUGUUGUUGUUUACUUGAAGCAUGGAUUCUCCAGUAGAUUUGAAAGAUGGCUUUUCAACCUAUGAGGACACUCCUCCACUGAGGCAGUUUAAGGAGCGCAAAACACCUUUAUCACCUUUACCUUUCAGUGUGGAAGCGAUCAUGUUGGAUAGGACUCAUAGCGAAGGAGAGAGACGCGGCAGCGGUACGAUAAUCUCUCCCCUGGGGAAUUACUCUAUAUCGGUGUCCAGACAGCCGUCUAGUCCAGAAUACUUUAUUGACAAUUUUGACCCGUCUUCUUCGCCAGUUAAAUCAGAGACGUCGGAACCAAGGGACUGUGCGUCAUGGAUAUCACCGCGGUGCAGGUUGUCUCCAGCGCUCAACCAGGUCAAUUUCUCCUUGAGGAAACACAAGACCAACAGGAAGCCCCGGACCCCAUUCACCACCUCCCAGCUCCUGUCCCUGGAGAGGAAGUUCCAUCAUAAACAGUACCUGUCCAUCGCUGAGCGGGCUGAGUUCUCCUCCUCGCUGUCCCUCUCAGAGACCCAGGUCAAGAUCUGGUUCCAGAACCGACGGGCUAAAGCCAAGAGACUGCAGGAGGCAGAUGUGGAGAAACUCAAGAUUGCCGCUGCAGGUGUUGGAUCCAAGCCGGGGUUCUAUCCCCCGGGGUUCUAUCCCCCGGGGUUCUCCUCACUGCCAUUCCCCCUCUGUGUCAGUCUGGAGGGUCUGGGUGGGGAGGUCUCAGAGAUGUGCGGAGGACAGGGGUACCCCUUCAGACGUACCACUCUGUUAACAACCGUACCACAUCUGGGGGUGUACACCUCACCUGUAGGGUACGGACUCCUCCACCUGUCUUGAGGUGUGUGUGUGUGUGUGUGUGUGUGUGUGUGUGUGUGUGUGUGUGUGUGUGUGUGUGUGUGUGUGUGUGUGUGUGUGUGUGUGUGUGUGUGUGUGUGUGUGUGUGUGUGUGUGUGUGUGUGUGUGUGUGUGUGUGUGUGUGUGUGUGUGUGUGUGUGUGUGUGUGUGUGUGUGAUGAACCUUACAACAAGAUAUUAAAUCGUACCCUAACUUUCAGGGGUGCUUUGAAUAUAGUGUGCUGGACCUACUUUGAUAUAUUCAAGAGAUGUGGAAGUGUACAUUGUUAUAUGGUACCUUAUGUUCCCUGGUUUGUUACGGAAGUGACUAGCGCAUCAGAACACCCAUAGUACAAGCAUCAUUGCAGGGUAAUUGUUCAUUUAUUCUAUAGCCCUGACCUCCUAACCUCCUGACCUGUGCUGUAUUUGCCAAAGCUAGUUGGAUUGUACCCAAAGGAUAUUGAUCUGGUUCUCCCGUUUGUCUGAUCACUCCGUAAAUGCGAGAUUAUCUCUAUAAUAGUAUUAUUGAUGUCUCUGUUCCUGUCUUUGGGAAAGGUUAUUUUUAGACUUUCAUAUUUGUGAUAUACAUAUAGGACAACAUAUUUAUUGAAUAAAUGUAAUAUAAGUAAGCAGUAAGAGUCAAAGGGGUGUGGUAUAUGGCCAAUAUACCAUGGUUUAGGGUUAUUCUUAUGCACGAUGCAACGUGGAGUGCCUGGACACAGCCCUUAGCAGUGGUAUAUUGGCCAUAUAUCACAAAUCCCUGAGGUUCCUUAUUGCUAUUAUAAACUGGUUACCAAUGUAAUUAGUUAAAAUAAAUGUAAA